GUUUGAUGACGUAAAUCCUUUUUGGCGGUUUCGUUAACGUUCAGUACACGUAUAUGUUUUUUUAUUAUUAAAUAAAAAAAAGCCGCACGGCACUCUGCCCACUGCGGUGGCGUAAAAUGUGAAUUAUAGAAAGACUGUUGAUGUGAUGCUAGCGACACAGUUUUGAUUUUGUAUCUAUCGAGAGGACGGAGGAGCCGCCGGCGUUAAACUCCUCACUAGAUCAUGAUCUCUGUGUUCCUGCACUGACUGACACACAAACUGCAUUAAUACUAUAAACACUAUAAAAUGAUGACCUUUCCCAGCUCGCACACUAAUGAGUGUAUUAAAAACUUGCACUGCAGUGUAGCUUGGGCCUUGGCACGAGUUCGCAGUGUAUUUGAAGUCACUAGUAGUGGUGGGGCUGUUGGAGUCAGUUUUGUACUUUGUUUACAUUACAUAGUACCUUGUUUUACCACAGUAUAUCUCUGCUCUUGUAACUGUCAGAUUUCCAGAAACACGACUUAUGGUCACAGUGAAAGACAGGUUCCGGAAACGAAGAAAGCAGAAAGCCCACUGAAAAUUGACCUUGUUUCUCAGGUUUUUCGUUGGCUCUGCGCGCUGCCUGUCGACAGAGGGGAAAUGUUUACCGUGUUUACCAUGCGCCGGAUGCUUGGACUUCACUUCGGAAGCCACUUUUUGGGGGCACGCAGCUGCUCAAGCUAUGUGUCCAAGAUGAGGUAUCUAAUGAGGCUGAAGGAGGAUGACAAGGCUUGUCAAGAAGCUCUGCAUUCCGGGACCAUCCUGCUGUACCACAAGCUGGCCCCUCUGCUACGGAAGACAGAGACGGGAGCCUAUGAGCUGCCUGUUUUUCAGGCCCCAGAUGUUAGUGGCAUUCUGGACAAACUCGGGAAGGACAAAGAGCUGUUGAACAAUUCUGUCCUGAUAGGCUGCUCAGACACCCACGUUGCUCAGUUUUCCCUUGACGUUGGGGCUGUCGAGCAGGCUGCUGCGGAGGGACUCUGUGGGGGUGUUUUCGUGGACCUAAGGAAAGCGUUUUUCCUCCUGCAAAACUCUGAUGUUCCACUUGUGACUCAGGGUCAGGCUCUUCUGCGUUGGCACCAGACACACGGGUACUGCAGUGCCACUGGGCGGCCGACACACAGCAACCAGGCCGGCAGCCAGCGUGUGUGUCACAGCAGUGGGAUUAUCUAUUACCCCCAAAUGGCACCGGUGGUAAUAGUUUUGGUAAGCGAUGGCAAAAGGUGUCUGCUGGCACGUCAGUCCACCUUCCCUCGGGGGAUGUAUAGUGCCCUGUCCGGUUUCUGUGACAUGGGAGAGACGGUACAGGAGACCCUACGGAGAGAAGUGGCAGAGGAGGUGGGCCUAGAGCUGGACUCUGUCCUGUAUUCUAGGUCACAGCACUGGCCAUUGCCACAGAGCUCUCUCAUGAUUGGCUGUCAUGGUACGGUUACAUCAGGUAACACACAGAUCAGCCUCAGGGGGUCCGAGCUGGAAGACGCUCGCUGGUUUACCCUGCACGAAAUCCAAGAGGCUCUGAAGAGGAAGAUACCAGCACGAGACAAAAAGGAGGGGCCCAGUGCAUUCUGGGUGCCACCCAGCUAUGCCAUUGCCAAUCAGCUCAUCCAGGAGUGGGCAGGUCAGCAGCUCAAAUUGUAGGCAGAGCAAACACCUUUUGGAAUACUGUGAUUGAUGGAGCCACAUACAGCACCUGUACUCUGUGUGUGCAGUAAAUGGUACAUGCUGGGUGGUGUGGCUGUCACUACUGGCAGCAGACAAUAGCAGUUACACAUUAAUAAAUACCAGUAGUUUACAGUGAUAAAUGAAUUUCUAUGUCAUUGUCACAUUACCUUUGCAAUUGUUAUAAUAGAAAUAGAUUAUGUACUGUGACAGAGUGCCAUCGUGUACAGGGUGUAUCCUGCUUUGUGGCUGGUUCUUCGGGGAUGGACUCUGGAGAGCUGUGAGCCUGUAGAGGACAAACAUUUACUGAUAAUGAAUGAAUGAAUGAAACGUAUAAAUAUAUUUUAUACCUAUAAUAGAAACAUACAGUAUCAGCAAACUAUAAUUUUGUAAUAACUGAAAACUUGUAAUUGUCAAUAUCCGGUCACUUUUAAUAAGAUUUGUAAUCUUGUGAUAAAUUCCGGAGCUUUUAUUUUUUCAGUCUUUCUGUGUUUUGUUGCAUCAGGUUACCACGGUGACUAUAUUACCAUAUUACAGGUGACCAAACUAAACAAUAACCAGGUAUGACUUUUAAAGGUUUGUAAAGAAUGCCGAGUAUAGCAUUGACCUCUUUCUUACGUAUCUUAGAAAAAUGUAGGCUAUGAGACAUUUAGAUGUUG